AUGUCCCAGAGGGCCUGCCGCGAGGCCAUAGCUCCGCCAUCCCCCCAGGCCUCCCCUUCGUCUGCAUCGCCCUCCGCACCACGCCACGAUCUGCUUAUCGACACGCACGGCGUGCCCUGCAAGUACACAGCACAGCUGGAGAACGAGCUGCGGCCGCCGGCCAGCGAGCUCGGUCCCGGCGAGGGCUGCAGCUGCCCAGAGUGCGGCCGCGUGUGCAGCUCCCCCUCGCAGCUGCAGCGCCACUGCGUGUCACACUCGACGCUCAAGCCCUUCACAUGCAUCGCCUGCUCCCUGGCCUUCAAGCGCUCCAGUGAUCUGGCGCGGCAUCGGCGGCCGGCUCUCGAUCCCCCGCGCCGCGCCCGCGCUGACCGUCCGCACGCCUGCUCACCGUGCCCGCGUCGUUUCCAGGACGACACGGCGCUGGCACAACACGCGCGCCUGCACUAG